AGCAACGUGCAAGGGGAAAGGAACGAGAUUCUGGACUCUCAUUUGCUUUGCUGGGAUGCGGAAUUUCUUUUAAUUGGUUGAGUCAGGAGACAUGGCCAAACUCACCUUCUCCACAUUAGAGGCAUUCCUGAUUUUCCUCCUUGUGAUGAUGACUGCCGUGACCGUAGCCCUCCUCAGCCUCUUGUUUAUCACCAGUGGGACCAUUGAAAAUCAUAAAGAUUCAGGUUCUCCGGUCACCCAGAGCCCUCCGGCCACGCUGGGCUCCACAGCCACUCAAGGCUCGACGCUCACUCACAGCUCCACAGCCACCCAGACACCCCCAUUGACUAGCACCCCAGAGCCUCCUCUAUUUCAGAACUUCAGUGGCUACCAUAUUGGUGUUGGGCGAGCUGACUGCACAGGACAAGUGUCAGAUAUCAAUUUGAUGGGCUUCAGCAAAACGGGCCAGAAUGCACGGGGCAUCCUCACCAGGCUGUACAGUCGUGCUUUUGUCCUGGCAGAACCCGAUGGGUCAAAUCGAGUGGUGUUUGUCAGCAUCGACAUAGGCAUGGUAUCCCAACGACUCAGGCUAGAGGUCCUGAAAAGACUGCAGAAUAAAUAUGGCUCCCUGUACAGAAGAGACAACGUCAUCCUGAGUGGCAGUCACACACACUCCGGGCCAGGAGGGUAUUUCCAGUACACUGUAUUUGUAAUCGCCAGUGAAGGAUUUAGCAAUCGAACCUUUGAGUACAUGGUCACUGGCAUUGUGAAGAGCAUUGAGAUGGCACACCAAAAUAUGAAACCAGGCAAAAUCUUUAUCAACAAAGGAAAUGUGGAAGGUACACAGAUCAACCGAAGCCCCUCUUCUUACCUUCAGAAUCCUCCGUCAGAGCGAGCCAGGUAUUCUUCAAAUACUGACAAAGAAAUGGUCAUCCUAAAAAUGGUAGAUUUGAAUGGAGUUGACCUGGGCCUUAUCAGCUGGUUUGCCAUCCACCCAGUCAGCAUGAACAAUACCAAUCAUCUUGUCAAUAGUGACAACAUGGGCUAUGCAUCUUACCUUUUUGAGCAAGAGAAGAACAAAGGAUAUCUGCCUGGACAGGGACCAUAUGUGGCAGCCUUUGCUUCAUCAAACCUCGGAGAUGUGUCCCCCAAUAUUCUUGGCCCACACUGUGUCAACACAGGAGACUCCUGUGAUAAUGCCAACAGCUCUUGUCCCAUUGGUGGGUCUAGCAUGUGCGUCGCUUCAGGACCCGGACACGACAUGCUCAACAGCACGCAGAUUAUCGGAGGGAUCAUCUAUCAGAGAGCAAAGGAACUGUACGCCUCCGCCUCCCAGGAGGUCACCGGGCCACUGGCAGCGGCUCAUCAGUGGGUGAAUAUGUCCAACAUCACCGUCUGGCUCAACUCCACACACACGGCAAAAACGUGCAAACCGGCACUGGGCUACAGUUUCGCAGCUGGCACAAUCGACGGGUUUGGGAGCUUCAACUUCACUCAGGGGACAACAGUAGGGGAUCCAUUUUGGGACACUCUUCGAGAUCAGCUCCUGGGCAAGCCAUCUGAAGAAAUCAAAAACUGUCAUAAACCAAAGCCAAUCCUUCUUCACACUGGAGAGCUGACAAAACCGCAUCCGUGGCACCCAGAGAUUGUUGAUGUUCAGAUGAUCACUGUUGGGUCCUUGGCCAUAGUUGCCAUCCCUGGGGAGUUUACGACCAUGUCUGGACGAAGACUUCGAGAGGCAGUUCAAGCAGAAUUUGCAACCCAUGGGAUGCAGAAUAUGACUGCUGUUAUUUCAGGCCUGUGCAAUGUGUAUACACAUUAUAUUACCACCUUUGAAGAAUACCAGGCUCAGCGGUACGAGGCAGCCUCUACAAUUUAUGGACCACACACCCUGUCUGCUUACAUCCAGCUCUUCAGAGCCCUUGCUAAGGCCAUUGCUAUGGACACAGUAGCCAACCUGAGCAGUGGUCCAGAGCCUCCAUAUUUCAAACAACUGAUAGCCUCAUUAAUUCCCAAUAUUGUGGAUAGAGCACCACUUGGCAGAAAUUUUGGGGAUGUUCUGCAGCCCGUGAAAUCUACAUACAGAGUGGGAGAAGUUGCUGAAGUUACAUUUGUAGGUGCUAACCCGAAGAAUUCAGCAGAAAACCAGACCCAUCAGACCUUCCUCACUGUUGAGAAAUACGAGGCUGCAUCAGCAACAUGGCGGCUCGUGCAUAACGAUGCCUCCUGGGAGACACGUUUCUAUUGGCACAAGGGAUUACUGGGUCACAGCAAUGCGACGAUGCAAUGGCAUAUUCCGGAGAGUGCCCAGCCUGGGAUCUACAGGAUGAGAUACUUUGGACACAAUCGGAAGCAGGACUUUCUCAAGCCGGCCGUCAUACUUCCAUUUGAAGGCACUUCCUCUGCCUUUGAAGUUGUAACUAGUUAA